AUGAUUAACCUUGUCAAAUCCAAUGGCUUCACAAUAGAACUUAUAAAUCCAUACUCAUCCGAUUCGCUUUUUUUCGAAACGAACAUUUCUCAUGAGCAAAGAAUCAAAUUCUUAGCCUCACGGACCAUAAUACGAGCCAAUUACUUCAGUAAAAAGUCCCCAAUCAUGCAAGCGGAUGUUGAAGUGCAACUCUUUCACUACAUUGUAAAAAUCGGAAUUGGAACUUUCAAGUCGAUACCCCAAUACAAAGAGUACUACUUACACUUAGAUACCGGAAGUAGCCUCACAUGGCUCCAAUGCAAUGGCUGCAAAAAAUGCUUCAACCAAACACAAAUCCCAUUUCCCAAAGAAAAAUCUUCCUCUUUUCGAGCCCUUAUCGAAAAAGGCAAUCAAUUAGGUUAUGUGAGCGUUUAUGGAGAUGGAGAUAUAACGAGCGGCAUUCUAGCCCACGAGACUUUCUACUUCAAGACAAAGAAAGGAUUAGAGAAAAUUGAAAACGUGCAAUUCGGGUGUGGUUUGGACAAUGUAAUGGAAUACGGAGAGUAUAAAAAUAACAAGAUUGCUGGAAUAAUGGGAAUUGGGUGGGGCGAUUUGUCACUGGUCAACCAACUCGGACCGGAAGUCAAAGGAAAAUUCUCUUACUGCUUGCCGGUUAUAAUUUCAGAAAAGGCACCCAAAACGUAUCUAAGAUUUGGAGAUUAUAAUUAUACAGCCAAUCAUAGAAUAGCCAAAAGUACCCCUUUGUACAGAAGGGGAAAGGAGUUUUAUGCUGUAGAGAUGCAAGGCAUUAGCAUUAACAAAACCCGGCUCAAAAUCGACCCACAAGUGUUUGUAUUCAAAAGGGGUACUCAUAUAUCUGGCUGCAUAACUGAUAUGGGCACGGCUUACUCGAGGAUCAUAACACCUGCAUUCGAAAUUUUGAAACGGGAGUUAGAAAAGUAUUUUUUGAGAUUCAAAGACUUGAAAAAAUUUAAAGAUGAUUCGGGACUGGAAUUAUGCUAUGCGAGGAGGAGCAAGGGAAGAGAAGGGUUCAAGAAUCUUCCGGAUGUUACCUUCCAUUUGCAGGGAUCACGAGCGGACUUUGUUUUGAAGCCUAAUGCUGUGUUUGAGGUCAUUAGUGGAAAUCGAGAAUACUUUUGCCUGGCGAUGGUUUCGGAUGAUGAGAUCUUCACACUCACAAUACACAAUGCUCUCGUGAAAUCCACUGGCCUGAAAAUCAAGAUCAUCCAUCCCUACUCGCCCGAAUCGCCAUUUUUUUACCAAAAUAAUCUCACCCAUGAAGAGAGAAUCAAAAGGUCAGCUCUGCAAUCCAAUCUACAAUUCAAUCAACAAUCCAAAACACAGCCACUUUUAACAGAAACACGUAUCGAGACCCAACAGUGCCACUACAUCUUGAAAAUCGGGAUUGGGACAUUCAAAUCCGACCCGCCUUACAAAGAGUACUACUUAGAAAUGGACACGGGCAGCAGCCUUGUCUGGCUCCAAUGUCAGGGCUGCACGAAAUGUUUCAAUCAAACCCCACAGCCUUUUCCCGCUAAAAACUCUGCUUCCUGUCGACCCAUUCUCGAUAAGAAGGGGCCCAAACAGUACGAUUACGAGUACCAAGAUGGGGCCUUUACAAGAGGUGUGCUGGCCCACGAAACGUUCCAUUUCAGGUCCAAAACCGGAAAAUCGGUAAAGUUCCCAAACAUACAAUUCGGCUGCGGCCUGCAAAAUGUCAUACAAUAUGAUAAGAUUCGAAACAACAAGAUUGCAGGAAUAAUCGGCAUGGGCUGGGAGGAUCAAUCGUUCGUAAAACAACUGGGCCCGAAAAUCAACAGCAAAUUUUCAUACUGCCUGCCAUCUCUCACAGGCAAACCAUCGAACGCCUAUCUGGUAUUAGGCGACAACGGAAAACCGCAGCCCAAAAGCUCCAGCCAAACCCCACUACUCAGAACAGGCCAAACCAGCCCAUAUUAUGUGGCUCUACAAGACAUCAGCGUCAACAAAAACAGACUACGCAUAAAACCCGAGGUUUUUCUUUCCAACAGCAACAAUUUCACCGGCGGCUGCAUCAUCGACACGGGCACGCCGUAUUCAAGAAUCAUAAUGCCCGCGUUCAAAAUCCUGGUAAAGGCGCUAGAAAACUAUUUUUCGAGCAAAAGGGGGCUGAAAAGGCUCGGACGAAAUCUGGGUCUGGAAUUAUGCUACGAAAGGAACGGGCCCGGCGGGCUCGACGGGCUGCUGCCGGAGAUCACGUUUCAUCUGAAGGGAACAAAAGCGGAUUUCGUGGUGGGACCCGAGGCGGGCUUCGAGAUUGUGGGGCAGCGUCGGACCGGAGCCCGCCAGUAUUUUUGUCUAGCGAUGGUGAGGGACGACGGGAUGACCCUCAUCGGCACGCAUCAGCAGGCGAACAAGAGGGUAAUCCAUGAUUUCGGGAAGAAGGAACUGGUUUUUUAUGAUGAAGAUUGUUCUAAGAGCCCAUGA